AUGCAAGAAGGUAAGGUUAUUGCUUAUGCUUCUAGGAAAUUGCGUGUCCAUGAGAAGAAUUAUCCAACCCAUGACUUGGAGUUGGCAGUGAUAAGUUGUGUUCUGAAGUUGUGCCGAUAUUACUUAUAUGGCGAGAGAUUUGAGUUUUUCACUAAUCACAAGAGUCUCAAGUAUCUAUUUUCCCAGAAGGAUUUGAAUAUGAGACAACGUCGAUGGAUGGAGCUCAUCAAUGAUUACACCUUCGGCUUACAAUAUCACCCUAGUACGGCGAAUGUUGUAGCUGAUGCCUUAAGCAGAAAACCAAGGGGUUUGUUAUCUUUCAUGAUGGAGGAAGAGUGGAAGAUGUUAGAGACAGUCGAUGAGUUUAUCUUAGACGUCAAGAAUCCUUCUACUUCUCAAGCAUUUUUGGGAAAUCUUAUGGUACAACCUGCACUUAUUAUUCGUAUUGUUCAGGCUCAAUCCAAGGAUGAUUGGUGUUCGAAACUACUUAGAUCUGGAGACUUAAGUGAAGAUUUUGAUGUAGGUAUGGAUGGUGGUGUUCGGCUUCGAGGUCGGUUAUGUGUACCAUGGACGCUCGGUUUAGAGGUGAGGUAUUUUAUGGAGCUCAUCGCAGUCGCUACACUAUCCAUCCCGGAGCUACAAAAAUGUAUAAGGAUUUGCGUAGACAGUUUUGGUGGAAAAGUAUGA